AUGCGCACGAAUAUUCGCACCUUUGUUCCGGUGAAGUUCAACGUGCACGAUCUCAAGCCACUGGCUGAUAUAAAGACGCUCCUGCGUCGUUCACUUCUGUUGGUCACCGCAUUAUUUGCAUUGUCUGCUGCUGCAGCGGAAUUUGAAUUUGAAAGUGGCGACAGUUGGCUCGAGGAAGAAGAUACCUUUCUGAAGGUUGACGAAGCGUUUGCGCUGACCGCAGAACUGGACAGCAACGGUGCCUUUGUUGCGCGCUGGGAGAUGCCUGAUGGGUAUUAUCUGUAUCGCCAUCAGUUUUCGUUUGAAGCGAAAGACAACAGCCGCCUGACGCUUGGUGAGCCCGCGAUCCCAGACGGAAAACGUAAAGUUGAUGAUUUUUUUGGCGAAGUGGAAGUCUAUUACCACAAUGCCGAAAUAGUCCUGCCCCUGGAAGCCCAGCCCGGCGUAAAUACACAGAUUGGCGUUAACUAUCAGGGGUGUGCAGAUGCGGGGCUGUGUUAUCCGCCGGAAACAAAAUGGUUUGCCUAUGACGGCAUGCGCCUUAUUUCUGCGUCAUUGUCGACGACUGCAGGCGCGAUAGCGGCAAGUGCAGACAACAUUGUCGAUGCGCAGACAGCUGAAGUGACAACCUCCACCUCUGGUGUGGCCGACACAGAAGAACAACUGUUAGCAGGCAUUCUUGCCAGUGAAAGUCUCUGGUACGCCCUGGCGCUGUUUUUCAUUGCGGGUAUCGGUCUUGCGUUUACCCCUUGUGUACUGCCGAUGGUGCCUAUUCUCUCCAGCAUCAUUGUUGGUGAAGGUGACGACAUUUCGAAGCGCAAGGCGUUUACCCUGUCCUUUGCGUAUGUGCUGGGCAUGGCGUCGACUUACGCUCUGGUAGGCACUUUGGUUGGUCUGUUCGGGGCGGAGCUUAAUCUGCAGGCAGCGCUGCAAUCCCCCGGUGUGCUGAUCUUUUUUGCCCUGGUUUUUGUUCUGCUGUCGCUGUCUAUGUUUGGUUUUUAUGAGCUGCAGUUGCCCCAGGGUCUGCAGAAUCGACUAAACGCCAUGGGGCAGAAGCAACAAGGCGGCAAACAUGUCUCGGUGAUGGUCAUGGGGUCGCUGUCUUCACUGGUAGUAUCCCCUUGCGUUUCUGCACCGCUGGCGGGGGCGCUGAUUUAUAUCUCUACGUCCAAUGACGCAGUUUUAGGCGGUACCGCACUGCUUGCCCUCGGUCUGGGUAUGGGUGUGCCGCUGAUGAUUGUUGGCGGCAGCGGCGGACACUGGCUGCCGCGUGCAGGCGCCUGGAUGAAUGGCGUCAAAGCUGUAUUUGGUGUUGGCCUGCUGGCCGUUGCCGUCUGGUUGCUGGAACGGGUUGUGCCACCGGCUGUCACCCUUGUGUUGUGGGCGGCGUUGCUGAUCGGUAGCGGGGUUUAUCUGGGCGUGCUCGAUUUCUCUCCUCGACAAGGUUUUGCCCAGCUGGGCAAAGCGGCAGGCUCGUUAGGAUUCAUGUGGGGCGUUUUGCUGCUGAUUGGCGCAGCCAGCGGUGCACACGACCCGCUGAAACCGUUGGCCAAAUUAUCUGGCGGGGGUGUCAGUGUGGGCGGUGUUGCGGUCCAUGCAGAGCCUCAGUGGCAAGCGGUUAAAAGUCUUGCGGAUGUAAAGGCGCAGAUUGCCGUGAGCAACAAGCCGGUGAUCCUCGACCUUUACGCUGACUGGUGUAUUUCCUGCAAAGUUAUGGAGCGCAAUGUCUUUCCUGAAGCCGCAGUGGCUGCUCGACUCAACCAGUUCACUCUGCUGCGUGCGGAUGUGACUGACAACGACGCGAUAGAUCGUGAGUUGCUGAAUUACUACGGCCUCUUUGGCCCGCCCAGUCUGGUCUUUUUCGAAGGAGAAGGCGGUGAGUUAACAGAUGUUCGUAUCCAGGGUGAGGUCAAUGCGGAAACGCUGGCUGCUCAUCUCGUGUAUGGCUAUGACACACUGGCAGAUGUGAAUCAGAAGAUCGUUGCGGCUGCGCCCGCUGGCGUAGACGUCAAAACUCUGCAGAGCAACGCCGAACAUGUGUUAAUUGAUGCCGUGCACGAGGCAAAGGCCCAGGGUGUGGAUUUCAUCAUUAUUAAUCCAGGCGCAUUUACACAUACCAGCAUCGCGCUGCGGGAUGCCUUUCUGGGCGUAACGAUACCGUUUAUAGAAGUGCACCUUUCUAACGUGCACGCGCGUGAAGAUUUUCGUCAACAAUCCUAUCUGAGUGAUAUCGCCGUUGGCGUGAUCACUGGCUUGGGUGCCGGCGGUUAUGUUUAUGCGUUGCAGGGGGCCCGGGUGGCAGUGGAUCUACGUAAAGUCAAAAAACUGAUUGAGUUAGUGGAAGAAUCUGCAAUUUCCGAACUGGAAGUCAGCAGUGGUGAUGAAUCUGUGCGCAUUGUCAUGCACCGGCUGCCGGCAGCUGGCACCGGGUCUGUUGCCCCCGCAGUGGUCACUGUGCAAGCGCCAAACGAUACGCCAGCGUCCGGCGCUGCGCUUGAAAACUUUGUCGCGCCAAUGGCCGGCACGUUCUAUCGGCAAUCGCAUCCGGAAGCGCCUGUGUUUGUUGAAACAGGUCAGCAGGUACACGCUGGCGAUGUCCUGUGCAUCAUUGAGAGUAUGAAAAUGAUGCACGAAAUCCGUGCUGCAAAGGAUGCCUGUAUCCAGCAGAUCUGCGUGGCAAACGGUGAGCCCAUCAGAGAAACGCCCCUCUGGUCCAGUGUGCGCGUGCUUGCCUUGCUGCCUGUAGACACCAACAUGGCCGAUUUACAGGUGCAGCUACAAAACCUGCCGCAAAUACCACCGGUGCUGGAUGUGCAGUUUAUAGCUGACCAGAACUGGCAGGCUCAGGUGAAUAACCAUGCGGUGGAUCAGGUUUUUGCGCAGCGUCUGUGGCUGUUGCCGAAGCAUCAGCAGGUUGAUGAGACGCUUGCGCAACGCUACACCCUGUUACGCCUGGAGCCGGGCCUGGCGUUCGGUUCCGGCAGUCACCCGACGACCCGGCUAUGUCUGCAGUGGCUGGCUGAAAAUAUUCAGGCCGGGCAGAAAGUCCUGGAUUUUGGUUGCGGCUCUGGUGUGCUGGCAAUAGCGGCAGCGCUGCUGGGUGCUGAGGUGGUCGCGGUAGACCACGACCCCCAGGCAAUUCUGGCGACACAGGAAAACGCGGAUUACAAUGGCCUAGAUACUCGUCAGGACCUGGCUGCAGAGUUUGAAUCAGUUACCUUGCCCGGUGGUGCGAUUGUUCUGUCGGGGAUUCUGGAAGCUCAGGCCGCAGAGAUUGCGGGUGGUCGAGUGCGCUGUGGAGCGUGUCUGGUGGUGUUUGAUGGUACCGCUCAUUUAAGCCUUGACGGUGAAGACUUCGUUACCGGUGAUGAAUCUGAAGAUGUUGAUGCGCUGCUGGAUGAGCUGAAUGAAAUCUCUGCACGCGAACCUGCUCAGGCACCUUCGAUGCCGAGUCUGUCAGAAGCAGAUUUCAUUCCAGUCUCUGCAGCGCAGAUGGCCAGAGGGCAUCCUGAAGACGCACAGGAUUCAGCGGAUGAUGAAGCCAGCCUGCCGCCGGAAUUGCUGGCAUUGGAAGCCCAGUUUCUGGCCGACAUGCAAAGCUCCGAGGAUGCGCCGCGCAGCCAGGCAGAUAAUCUGCAUGAAAACCCAGAUGAAAAACCAGAUGAAGAUCUGGACGCCCCGGUAGCAGAAGCCUUUGGUAUUUCUGUGGGCGAAGCGCAGCAGUUGCCGGCCACGGUGGACGAGUCUGCGACAGAAGGAUCUGGGGUAGAUACAGAUUCUGACUGGGACGAAUCUGUUGCGGAAGACAUCUGGCAAACAGAUGACACUCAAGCGGAUGCCGCUGCAGCCGAUAAACAGACGCCUGAGCCUGAGGUCGAUCAGGAGAUUGAACUUCAGGCGUUGCCUGGGUCCGCACCUGAAAUGACUCAGAGUGAGCAGGUGUCAGGUCAUCUGCCUGACUUUUCCGAUGUGGAACUGGAACUCGAGCCCGAUACGCCGGACAGACGUACCUGGAUUACCCUGAUCCUGGUGCUGUUGGGUUUGGUGGCGCUACCCGCUCAGGUGCUUUGGUUUCAGUACGAUGCCUGGAGCAUGAAUCCGCAAUAUCGACCGAUUUACGAAACCGUUUGCCGGGUGGCGGGGUGUGAAUUGCCGCCGCUGCGCAACGUCUCCUUAAUUGACGCGCAAAAAUCAGUCAUUCGCGUGCAUCCGGAGCAACCGGAUGCCCGUAUUGUUGAUGUGUUGAUGGUUAACAACGCCGAGUUUGCGCAGCCGUAUCCGUUGAUCGAAUUACUGGCCACAAAUAUGCGUGGGCAGCUGAUUGCCGGGCGGCGCUUCAAACCGGAAGAAUAUCUGGCCGGCGAGGCAGGCGAUGGCUCGUUGAUGCCAUCGCGUACGCCCAUCCACGUGUCCCUGGAGAUCCAGGCUUUUUACGGGCCGCUGCUGGAGCAGAUCGGCGCAAAACAACUGUUUGGGCAGGAUCGCAUCAAGUUUUAUGGCACAGGCAUGGACAGCGCGAUGCUGGCGAUUUGUAUUCCUUACGAUGAGCAAGCGCCUAAUUGCGGUAAUGGCAACAUGAUUGCGAUUCCCGGCGGUUCCCGCGAAGGUGUCGAUAAGCUCUACGCAAAAGCGAUUGAGUUAGCGCCUAUGGCGGGGCUAAGCGAUGUACCCUUCCGCACCAUUGCCUGGCAAUUGGGCCGUCCCUAUCUGGUCAGCGAAAUGGUAUCCAGCAAAGUUGAACUCUGGGAAACGGGCAAAAGUCGUCUGCGUCGGGUGCCCGUGCCGGGUGCGACCCCGGUGGCGGUCCAGAUUGCUGGUACUGACCCACAGGUUAUGGCCGAAGCUGCGCAACGCCAUGUCGAUGAAGGCGUGGAAAUCAUUGAUAUCAAUUUUGGUUGUCCGGCGAAAAAAGUGUGUCGCAAGUUUGCCGGUUCAGCUCUGCUGCAGGACCUGGAUCUGCUUGGCCGCAUUGUUGACGCGGUGGCCCGGGCAGUGCCGGUGCCAAUAACCGUGAAAACCCGUACAGGUCUGACAACCCAGGACGAUUUAGGUGUGCAGGCAGGUUGCAUCGCUGUGCAGAACGGCGCGCAGAUGGUGGUGAUGCAUGGUCGCAGCCGCGCCUGUAAGUUCAACGGACAAGCUGACUAUGCUGCUGUCCGUGCGCUGAAGUCGAAGGUUGAUGUACCCGUGAUGGUUAAUGGGGAUAUCAACAGCGUUGCUGCUGCGCAUCAGGCGCUGGCGGAUUCCAGUGCGGAUGGCGUGAUGAUCGGUCGUGGUGCACUGGGCCAGCCCUGGUUGUUUGCUGAACUGGCGGGUAAACCGGUGCCUGAUAGGCCGGGUAAGUGGCAGAUCAUCUGUACCCAUGUAGAGUUGAUGCACAGUUUUUAUGGCGAACUGGCAGGCCUGCGGAUUGCCAGAAAACAUGUCCUGGCGUACCUGCAGCAUCUGGGAUUAGCCGAGCACGGCAAAGCGUUUCUGCAGCGCGCGCUGCUCAGCGUUUCUGAUAAAACCGGCGUUGUAGAGCUGGCAGCUGCCUUGAGCGCAGCGGGUGUAAGCCUGCUGUCGACUGGCGGCACACAUAAAAUUAUUGCUGAUGCCGGUAUCCCGGUAACCGAAGUGUCUGCAUACACGGGUUUUCCGGAGAUGAUGGAAGGCCGUGUGAAAACUCUGCAUCCGAAGGUACACGGCGGUAUUUUAGGCAGGCGCGAUCUUGAUCAGGCGGUGAUGCAGGAACAUGAGAUCGACCCGAUCGACCUGGUGGUAGUGAAUCUGUAUCCGUUUGCACAAACCAUUGCUAAGCCUGACUGCAGCGAGGCAGAUGCUAUUGAAAACAUUGAUAUUGGUGGCCCGGCAAUGUUGCGUUCAGCAGCGAAGAAUUUUCAGCAUGUCACCGUUGUUGUUGAUCCAGCCGACUAUGCUGAACUGACAGCUGAGCUGGACGGCGGUAUCGCGCUUGAACGGCGGCGUGCAUAUGCGGUGAAAGCGUAUCGUCACACGGCGCAGUAUGAUGCGACGGUGGCGGCCUAUCUCGGUGCAGAUGAGCUUCUGCCGGCUUCUCUCAGUUUAAGCUUCAACAAGUUGAGCGAUAUGCGUUACGGCGAGAACCCACAUCAACAGGCGGCGUUCUAUGCUGAGGCGCUCACCCCUGCGAGUGGUCAGAUUGCCAGUUAUGUGCAGCACCAGGGUAAGGCGUUGUCCUAUAACAAUAUUGCCGACACAGAUGCCGCGCUGGAGUGCGUCAAAGUGUUCACCGAGCCGGCGUGUGUCAUUGUGAAACAUGCCAAUCCCUGUGGCGUAGGUGUGGCCGAAAGUAUGGAAGAAGCCUACAACAAAGCGUUUGCAACAGAUCCCACCUCUGCAUUUGGCGGUAUUGUCGCUUUUAACCGAGCACUGGACGGCGCAACUCUUGCGCAGAUACUUGAGCGGCAGUUUGUUGAAGUUGUUAUCGCACCAGAAGUCAGUCAUGAAGCGGUCGACGUCGCCAAAGCCAAAAAGAAUGUGCGCCUGCUCAGUUGUGGCGCUUUGCGGGACGCAGGCACCCGACUCGACUUUAAACGUGUGGGUGGUGGAUUGCUGGUGCAGUCGCCAGACAAUUUGUGUCUGGACGAGGGUGCUCUGGCGGUUGUCACAAAGCAGCAGCCUACCGAACAACAGAUGCAGGAUUUACUGUUUGCCUGGAAGGUGGCCUGGUUUGUGAAAUCCAAUGCCAUCGUGUAUGCCCGGGACGGUCAGACCAUUGGUGUCGGGGCCGGUCAGAUGAGUCGUGUAAUCAGUGCAAAAAUUGCAGGUUUAAAGGCGGCUGAAGAAGGUUUGCAGGUUAACGGUGCGGUCAUGGCAUCGGAUGCGUUUUUCCCGUUUCGCGACGGGAUUGAUGCUGCAGCGGAAGCGGGUAUCAAAGCUGUGAUUCAACCGGGAGGAUCAAUGCGUGAUGACGAAGUCAUUGCGGCUGCGGAUGAACACGGCCUGGCGAUGGUGUUCACCGGCGUACGUCAUUUUCGCCACUAA